ACGGGGUACGGGCAUUUUGAGUGGGUCGUUAUGCCUUUUGGCCUCACCAAUGCCCCGACAACUUUUCAAGCGGCAAUGACCAACGAGUUUCAUGCGAUGUUGGACCGGUUCGUGCUAGUCUACUUAGACGAUAUUUUCGUCUAUAGCCGGACAUUGGAGGAUCAUCUUGAGUACCUUCGACGAGUGUUGGAGACACUCCACCGCGCCGAGUACAAAGCCAACCGCGACAAGUGCGAAUUUGUCCGGCAAGAGCUGGAAUACUUGGGUCAUUUUGUCACCCCGGAAGGCAUCAGUCUGUUGUCAGACAAGAUCCAAGUCAUCCAAGAGUGGUCGGAGCCGAAGAACAUCACAAAUGUGCGUUCCUUCCUUGGCUUAGCCGGCUACUAUCAACGCUUCAUCAAGGGAUACUCGAAGAUCGCGGCUCAUUUAUCCAAGCUUCAAUGCGAGGACCGGCCAUUCAACUUCGACGACAAUGCGCGGACUUCCUUUUUGGCCCUCAAAGCCGCAUUGUCACUACCGAAGGUGUUGCGCAUCUACGAUCCAUUUCUGUCGACAUGUGUCACUACCGAUGUGUCCGGCUAUGGCAUUGGUGUCGUCCUCGAGCAACAUGAAGGCAUGGACUGGCACCCGAUCGAGUACUUUAGCAAGAAAGUGCCCGCCGUGCACUCGAUUGACGACGCACGAAAGAAGGAAAUGUUGGCCUUCGUACACGCGCUCAAGCGCUGGCGACAUUUUCUUCUCGGUCGACGACAGUUCCGAUGGGUAACGGAUAACAAUCCGUUGGUCUCUUACGAGACCCAAGACACGGUCAAUAGCACCAUUGCCCGUUGGAUGGCCUUCAUCGACCAGUUUGACUUUUUCCCCGACCACAUUCCAAGCAAGUCAAACCGUUUUGCGGAUGCUCUUUCACGACGUCCGGACCAUUGUACCGCAAUCUACUCAACUUUGGAGAUUAACGACGACUUGCGGGACAGCUUCAUCCGCGGCUACCAAGUCGACCCCGAGUUUUGUGACAAGUAUGCAAAUUGCUCCUUUCCCAAUCCGGCGCUAUCUCACUAUCGGAUCCAAGAGGGGUACUUGCUCGUCCACUCACGAGGGAAGCUUCUUUGUGUGCCGCAAGAUUUACAUUUGCGCACACGGCUUCUUGGCGAGUUCCGCGACGCUCCUGCCACCGGACACUUUGGAGUCAAUCGUACGAUUGGCCGACUACGCGAGCGCUUUUGGUGGCCAGGUCUUCUCAACGACGUCACACGUUAUUGCGAGUCAUGCGAGGUUUGCCGACGUUGCAAAUCCCGCAAUCAUCGUUCGUAUGGCGAGUUGCGACCAUUACCAAUCCCCUUGCGCCGAAGGGAAGCGAUUGCCAUGGACAUUACCGGGUCGUUCCCCAAGCACAAGACGGGUCUGGAUGAGAUUCUCACGGUGGUCGACCGACUCACAAAGUUCGCCAUGUUUUUGCCUUGCCGCUAUCAUGCCAAGGCACCAGAGUUGGUCGAGGUUCUUUAUGCCAGUUGGAUUCGAACCAAGGGUUACCCCAAGGAAAUCGUCUGCAACCGCGACACUCAAUUCAUGUCCGAUUUUUUGUUGGCGCUCAUCAAACGAUGGGGCUCAUCUCUCAAGCCAAGUUCGGCUUGCCACCCCCAAACCGAUGGCCAAACGGAGAGGGCGCAUCAGACCGCACAGGUUCUCCUUCUCACUCUCGUCCGUCCCGACCAAAAGGAUUGGGUUGAGCGGCUGUCGGAUGUCGAGUUGGCAUACAACUCGUCCAUCCACCCGGCUAUCGGGAUGUCACCCUUCGAGUUCGAGCACGGCUCGCUGGUCAACUCUCCAUUGGACACAAUCAUUCCACGAGCGGCCGAGAGCGACAACCAUCUUCUCUUCAUUCGUCAGAUGCAAGAGCUUCUUGUCAAGGCACGCAACCAGAUGGCUAAGACGCAGCAACGCAUGAACCAACAAGCCAAUCGUCAGCGUCUUCCUUGUCCAUUCCGCGCCGGCGACCUUGUUUAGAUUUCCGCCAUAGAAUUCAGCCUCGAACAAGAUAUCUCUCGCAAGCUCCUCCCAAAAUGGAUGGGGCCCUGGCCGACCGUGGCACCAGCGG